AUGUCAAUGAAAAAUACUAAGAAAAAAACUGGAAAAAAUGCAAAGAAAAAAAUGAAAGUUUCCCAUAAUAGUCCGGAAAAAAAAGAUGAAGCUUCUCAAAAAACUGGAAAUAUAUUAUCUCAAAUUUUAUCAGCUGAUGAUGUAUCAUCACAAGAUACAGGAAAUGUUGAUGAUAAUGCUUCAGCUUCAACAUCUUAUACUAAAACUCGUACUGGCCCUGAUUACGAUAAUAUUUUAACUUCAACACCCCAUACUGAAGGACCGUUUGUGUUGGUUGUUUCAGAUGAAAUUCUCAAGUCUUCAACAUCCAAUAAUCCUACAAAAAGUAUCAAAAGUGGCAAGCCAAAAAAAAAUUUGUUAAUAAUGUCAAUGAAAAAUACUAAGAAAAAAACUGGAAAAAAUGCAAAGAAAAAAAUGAAAGUUUCCCAUAAUAGUCCGGAAAAAAAAGAUGAAGCUUCUCAAAAAACUGGAAAUAUAUUAUCUCAAAUUUUAUCAGCUGAUGAUGUAUCAUCACAAGAUACAGGAAAUGUUGAUGAUAAUGCUUCAGCUUCAACAUCUUAUACUAAAACUCGUACUGGCCCUGAUUACGAUAAUAUUUUAACUUCAACACCCCAUACUGAAGGACCGUUUGUGUUGGUUGUUUCAGAUGAAAUUCUCAAGUCUUCAACAUCCAAUAAUCCUACAAAAAGUAUCAAAAGUGGCAAGCCAAAAAAAAAUCAGGGUAGAUCAUUAACGCCCAUUGUUGGUAAUAAUUCAACAAGAAAUCUUGAAAAUUCUCCAACUAAACCCGAUGAUGAUUCAAACCGAAGAACUUCCACACCUAUCAAAGCACCCACACCUAUCAGAGCUUCUACACCUAUCACACCUAUGCAAAUUGAUGACGAAUAUUGUAACUUCGAAGAACGUGACGAACGUUACCUUACAAUUGAGAAAUUCAACUAUACUAUGAAAUUAUUAGACGAAAAAAUCACUUCAAUAUAUUGA